ACGAACUAAUAAAAUCAUUACACCUCCUAGUGCUCCAUGUAAGCCAUGACUACAGUACACAAGCAUGAAGCCACCGGUCUUGAGAUCACAUGACCGAAGUCACCUGACACGACUCAACAUGGCCGCUUCCAGCAGCAGUAUCUGGAAGCAGAAAGUGGAUCUUUUGCAGCAUAGGUGUGAGAGCCUCUGUACCGGAACUGGGGAUGGUGAGACCAUGAACGAUCAUUAUACACCCUCAGGGGCUCACGGACAUAUACAUUUACUUAAUUAUUCUUUGUAAGACUUCCUGUCAGUCUCAAAGUGUGGGCAUAUCACUGUAUGUUGUAAACAUCAUGUAAGGAUAAUGUUUCUCCAUAGCAUUGUCAUAAUUACGUGCUGUCUUUUUGUGUUGUUUAUUUAUUUUAUUUUAUUGCAGAUUGCAUUGUAUAUCAUUUACUGCCAUUCAUUUUCGAAGCUUGAUGUAUUUUUAUUUUUACAUUACUUUUAUUUUACUAGGGAAAAUGCUUAGAAUUGAAGAUGAUUGUCUUGUCUUUAAAAUAUAUUAAAUUAAAUUAAAUAAAUGAAUGUGCAAGAUCGGCCCGUUUGUUUCCCCCAUUAUCUAUUCACUAACUGUAUGUAUGUACUCCACUUUCUACUUUAAUUCUAGCAAAAAUGUAAAAUGGCACAAUUACAUCUCACUUACCUGUUUCAAAACAGAAAAUUACAGCUUGAUAUUUUGCAUAGAAAGUGAGAAGGCCAAUCACAUAAUCUAUAAGAGAAAAACCUGAUUUGUCUUUCUGGUUCAUUUGCUGACCUUAUUCCUCUCUGGUGAUUUGAAUGCAGUGAGCUGACAGCAUCAAUAUUCUUCCAAAUAUUUCUAAUACUGCUCUUGGAAGCUUUUGUGGAAAAAAAUAUAUUAAUAAUAAAGUUGCAGUGCAGUGAAAUAAAAAAAUAUAGGUGAGGUUCUGCUGUAAAGUUAAAGGAACACUCCAAGCACCAUAACUAUAUUAGCAAACUGUAGUAAUUAUGAAACACCCUUAUUCGCCCUGGGCACCGCUCCCUGCCUCUGCUACCAUCUCUCAAGAAACAGAAGUUCCUCAACAGAAGAUCUACGCUCUGCAGUGCAUUAGCUGCGGGCUUAAAUAUGAAUCUUCAAGAACUAGUGGGGUUCAAAUUUUAUCAUCUGUGCCCGUUUCUGAGAAAAUAAAAAAGAAUGUCGGUUUUGCGGUUUCACGUAAGUUGUAUAGGGUGGCUCAUUUUCUCCAUGACUUUGUUUGAUGUUGCAUAUCCAUGUCUAUAGAUGAUAGGAUGCCUCUUUGCUAUGGAAGAGCUGUCACGGAGGGCUGUGGGCAAUUCCCCUCUUGACCAAUGGCAUAGGCUUUGUGGUCUGCAGCGCCAAAUCAUUCUAGUUGGGAUGUCUACGUGAAUAGUUCUGCAGUAGCAAGACAACAGGCAGGAGUUUUUCAGAGCCUUUGCAAGCAUGGCAUGGGGGCCUGAGUGCUCAGUACUUUCCAAGUCAGAACUAGUGCACUAGGUUAUAUCCCAGUGGACAGCAAUGGCUUAGAAUGACCAGGCUACAGUGAGUUUGAAAAAUAUCUCUGGGGGUGUUUGUCAGUGACUGCAGGGUUAGAUGAGACAAUGAUCAUAAAACUCACAACAUGCGAGGUGUUGUUCGUGAGAAACAAAGUUUGCAUAUUUUAUUCACAGAUCUUUGUAAAUGUUCCUUUAUACUGUUGGAGGGUUUAGGUAUAUAUGAAGGUACAUGAAACUAGUAAACUUCAUCUAUCAAAUAUAUAGUGUGUGCAUUCUCCAUAUGAGCAGUGUCACCCACAAUGAAACCUGUGAGUUUAAUGUUGUCAUAGCGGUAGAAGUCUGAAUGACAAGCCUUUGAUUGGACGUGUUGCUGCCCUGAUGUAACAUGGAGGUAUGGAAAGUCACAUCGGGAGCUUCUCCAGGCGCUGGAUUCCUGGAAAGUUUAUAACUUUAUUUUAUAGUGAAAGGGGAAAUUUAGCCCCAAUAGGGCAAAAUACAUCAUAAACACAGACAUUAACUAAAGGGAUGGAGUAAUCCUUUCAUUUAGUGGUGGCAUUUUAUAGCAUAUGUGCUUUGUUGUUCCGGUGGAGUAAGCAUUUUUAUGUUUGCUGUUUUUUUAUUAGAGUUUAGUUAAAUUGUGAUUUGGAUAAGUGUUUACACCUAAAUUGUAUUCUUUCAGUAUUUUGUAAGUUCUGAUUCUGAUUGUUCUUUCAUUGGUGACAGUGUCAGCUAACUGCUCUCAGCCAAUCAAUGAAACUUCGAGCAUGUGAUAUGCACAGAAUUGACAUUAGCCAGCUCAGAAUUCUCAUUCAAGCCUGAAGUGGAAUUACAGCCUCGGCAGUUAACCAAAAUAUCUCUAUUUAAUUUGUCUAAUAUUUCAUGCUAAAACACUACACAUACAGAAUCCUUGCACCAUAACCAGUUUGACACAUUGAAGUAGUCAUGGUGUUUGGAGUAAUCCUUUAAGCUAUCUUACAUGAUCUUUAAAAUACAUUGAAGGAAUAAAUGUUCUUUAUUGCUUUGAGCUUUGUGCUUCUUACAUUAGGUACCUUUCAUUCAGGAUGUAAUGGGGUUUACAUAGCAUGACCAAAGCAAUAUUUUGAUUUCCUAGAUCCUAUUUUAAUGAAAGCCAAGACUACACUGCAAAAACUGAAAGACCUUUCAUUGGACGAAACAGAGAAGUUCGAUAUUUCAUGUUUUCUGAAUUUUUAUAGCAAGGUAAAAUUUACACAUUAGACAUUUUUUUUUUAUUUCAGAGCACGAGAGAUGUGAGUCCUUUUAAAACUGACAGUUUAUGGUUGUCACUCCCUGAUGGCGGCCCUGGGUAUGGGCAUCAAUGUAAGCAGGCUAGGUAACUGACCUAUUGUUAGGCUUAAUAGUAUAGCAUAGCAAAAAAUAACAUGAGCACCAGGCAGAGAAUAACAUGCUGUUUUGCCACUGGUUAGAAACGUGAACUUAAACAUAUAAAAACAGGAGAAACAAAUACCACUGUGUUAGGCAAUGAGUAGGAGAGUGGCAUCAGCUUGUGUUCAAGGUAUCGCUAAAUUGCGGUAUUUGAGCUUCUGGUUCAGCCUAUACAGAUAAUGUCCCGUUUUCCGUGCAGAUUGUUUACGGGUGGCCCACUUAAUUUCUCCCGAUCAACCUAGGGCCGGAGUGCAGUCCCGCCCAGCCGAUUCAUACGUCUCUUGGUGAGCCGCAUACAGGACCUCAGUCCAAUAUCUGUGUCCAGGCGUGUUCUUGUCACGAUUUGUGAGUGCCCUCAGCUGGUGUGUUUAUUAUGAAUUUUAACACUAGUGUCUCUGUUUUGUUUAUUUAUAGGCUAUUUUAGAUAUCACUUUUUAUGAGGAAAACCAACUGGUGGAUGAAGAUUUUGUAUGUGAUGAUGCUUUGCAGAAAGUUGGAGAACUUAUUCGGGAUCUUUCAGAGCCAGAACGUUUAGCUAGAGAUGCUAAACUCCACAAAAAAGUAAGUUCUCAGUCUUCAAUAUGCUGGAUUUUAAACACAGAUUUCACUGGUCCCUUAAAGGGUUACUCGAAGCAACAUGAUCACUUCAGUGAUUUGAAGUGGUUCUGGUGCCUGGAAACUGUAGGUGCAGUAUUCAUUUUAAAGGAGUUUAACUCCUCUGCUGCCCUCUGGUGCUGGGAUGGCUAAUGUUAAUUUUGUGCAACAUUUUUUUGCAAAGAAUUGCAUUUAUUGAGAGUGGUCAGCUGAUGCUCGCAACAAAUGAAUGGUGAUGGCCGUGGCUUUUGCAGUAGAAGCAGUAAGCACGUCGCUGGACCACCAGGAAGCAUGGUAGCCAGGCGGAGACCCAGGUAAGGCCAAACCAUUGCGGGAAACAGGGUCAGUGGGCUGUAGGGGUUAGGAUGCUUGGAGUAACCCUUUAUGAAAUUACUUCUGUAAGGUAUAUUGAUCUGAGGUUUAUGUUUUUUUCUUACCUUUGUUUCAUUCUUUUUUUCUUUAAAGGAAUACUACAGCGUUGCGAAUACAAACCUGUAUUCCUAACGCUAUUGUGUUUCCCUCUUUGUUUAGAUUCAGGGCCCCCCUCUAAGAUAGCAAUAAAGAUUGUGGGAAAAAGGUUGUUUUUUUUUAACCUUUUUUUCCAGCAUUGCAAUAAUGUCCUUGCAUUUGUUCGACCUGCCUCCCGUGACAUCUCGCCAAUGCUUCUAAAAUUCCAGUCUAAUGCUCCGCAUGGAGUAGCAUUUGGGACUAGAAGCACGUUUGCUGCAGGACUUUUCUGCUUUUGGAGGUUAGCUGUGAGACAAAAAGGUAAGUUGUAGGUAACUAUAGUGGUGAAUUAAAAAUGAAUGUGGGCUGCUACAUAGUAUAAAAGCGACUUAAACGAAAAUCCCUAAAAUAAUCUAAACUAGUAUGUGCGCUCCUUAAUAAUAUUGUUUGAUAUAUGACCAAUGACAAGCAAUGUCUCUCAAAAGACAUUUAUUUAAUAAUAAAAAAUAAUAAUAAUGAAUAAUUAAAUCAGUAAUUGUUUUUAAUUCUUUUUUAUUAUUAAAUAAAUGUCUUUUGAGAGACAUUGCUUGUCAUUGGUCAUAUAUCAACAGUAUUAUUAAGGAGCGCACAUACUAGUUUAGAUUAUUUUUGGAAGGUUAGCUGAGAGAACCAAAUUUGACUAUCCAAAUUCUCACAACAGAAAGGCCUCAGGUGGACAGCCACUAGUGGUGUAUUUAACUCUGGAUGUAAGCAUAGAGGUAUCUACUAAACAGCAACUAUUUACAUUGCAGGGUUAAAACUAACCAGUGCACCCAGACUACUUUAUUGAGAUGAAAUGCUCUGGCUGCCUUUUAUUGGUUCUUUUACUCUUAUUAUUUGCUCUUUAUUUUCCCCAACAAUAACGACUAUGUACAGAUCUGUGCUAUUACAGAUAUUUGGUUCUUUAGAGCCUGCUGAUCAUAUACAUAAAGACCAUAUCCAGACAGAACUAAAUCAUUUUGGGUGGAUCAUAAUAGUUUUAAUGAGCACAGGAAAACAAGCACACAUUGGAUGUUACAGAGGCUGGCCCUUUGUGUGUGAUUAUCCUGUCCAUGUAAAUAGUUACUGUGGUUCCAUGGUGCUUUCUAACUAAAGAGUGGUAUGCGCAUUCUCUCCUGUUGGUUGAUUCUUAAAGAUCAUUGAAAAAAUACUACUAUACAUGGGAAUGUCAUUAUUAUAGUUUUUCUGUUUUAUAUUAUUGGUUUUUUUUUUGUGUGUAUUGAUUGCAUUCGAGUUAGCACCUACUGUGACCCUCUAUUCCUAAUUUCUAAGCUCACAUAACUAACCCUAGCUCAUGUCCUUAAUGACAUACCCAUACCACUCUAAUGCUAUUGUCAGUGUCACUUUGGGGAGCGAUCUCUAGGCACUGGAAUUAAUUCACAUCUUACAGUUAUUAAACAGUUUAAUGUUAAAUCAAGGGAUGGUGCCCAGACAGCCUAGGAGACAUAACAAUGACAGCAACCAAUUAUUCCAUAUCUGGUCAUUCUGCUAUGUACCAUUCUACUCAACUAACUAUGCGUGUGACAUCGACUUGAAUUGAUACCCCAGCUUGUUUCCGAUAAGGUUAUUUUCUAGAGGAACUUUUGAAGAACAUAUGCAGGCUGGACAUAGUUUAUUCAUUUAUUAUCAAAGCUAGAUCUGCUUAAGAUGCCCAUGCACCAUGAAGGACAAAAUGCCAAAUAUUAGGAGAAUAGCCUAAGUCAGCUUAUACGUGUUUAUUGAAAAGUGGCUUCAUAUAAAUAAAUAUAUAUACAAAGAAACACAUCUAUCUACCUUUUAUAGGCCCCUGCUAUUGAAGUGGAGGUGUUAGAAUGCCUGUAUUGGAGGAGAGGAGCUCUGCUCUACAUGUAUUGCCAGACAGUCGGUGAAAGAGAGUGUUGGCAUCUUAGAAAUCCUAGAACAUUUCAACAGGUAAGCUCUUUAUUAAUCAGAUGAAAUGAUCUGGGUGCCUGUAGUGUCCCUUUAAAAAAAAAUAUUCAUACUUGCCUUUACUAAAUAUAAAAGGUUCACCACUAGGGGGCAUCAGACAAGCAUACGGUAUAUGCCUGUACAUUUUUUUUUAUGUAGCCUGCUUUGUCUGUUGAAUGCAUGUUGUCAUUCGGGAAGCCUCAUCCAUCACUGUUACUUUUACAUUAGCAGCAUUAAUGAGUUACUAUAUAACUCUUAUUAUCUAUAUAAACGCUUAACAUAUCCCUUUCACAAAUAUAUGUUUAAGCUCAUCUCUUUGUUUUUAUCAAUAUAGUAUGCAUCAUUGCAUGUGCCCUUUUAAAAAAAGAUACCUACUUUUUUCUAAAAUUUAAAAUGUGCCUUUUUGCCCCCAAACAAUGAGUUAGAGCUUUUCAAAACAAAGAAGGGGAGGACAGCGAAAGUAAUUUUCAGAUUCAGACAGGGAUAGUGCAAACCACAUUAAACCAGUAUAUUUUCCACACACUGAUAGAAGGUAUGUUAAAUAUUGAACAUCUUGAAUGUAAAUCUAAGAGAUAAACUACUAACAUCAAGGAAAGGUUAAUGUGAUCACCCAGAAAACAAGAUAAUGCUAUAUGCGAUGCAUGGAUGUCAUUCUAGGGCAGGGGUAGGCAACCUACAGCACUCCAGAUGUUGUGGACUACAUCCACCAUAAUGCUCUUACAUCCAUAAUGCUGGCAACGCAUUAUGGGAGGUGUAGUUCAAAACAUCUGGAGUGCCGAAGGUUGCCUAUGCCUGUUCUAGGGUGUGUUCGCAGGGUCCCUUUUAUCUUUACUAAAUAUUACAAUGUCAUUGAUAUCAGUGUCUUAUAGAUGGAGUUUCUCAUCUGAUGAAAAUGCUAAAGAUGCAAAGCCCUUUGGUUCUGAAUGAUGACGUUUCAUUUCAAGAUUUAAAUACUGCAACUCUACUUAGUCAAGGUAACGUACACUGUUUACAUAUAGAAACCUUUAACUAGUGCAAAAAUGGGAGAUGGGUUGCACAGAAAUGAUCACAGAGUACUGAAACAUGGCCCAAGUAACACUAUUUGUUAUAGUGCUGGUCUUUAGUGUUCAUCUUACAGCUGUUUCACAAAUUAUUAACUGGGAAUAAAAUUAGUGUGGAGGAAGAGCUUUCAUUAAUAUAUUGCAAGUAUUUGGUAAAAAAAAAAAUUAAUCUGGAAUAAUAGAUCUGUCAACCCCUGGAAAAAACCUGUCACAUUAUAAGGGGCACUCUAAGCUCUAUAGUCAUUAACAUGUAUGUAUUAAUACAUUCUAUGUAAAAGUGUCAAAGUGCCAAAAAAAAAAGUGUGAAGUGACUCACCCAAAUAUUUUCAAUUAAAGGGAUAUUCAAGCCAAAACCAGGCACCAUAACGACUUGAAGUCACAGAAAUGGUCAUGGUUCUUGGCGUAAUCCUUUAUUGUUGAAUCUACUCUAUAAGAAGUUCAUGGGUCCAUUUACUAAUGCCGUCAUAUAGUCAUUAUAUCAUGCAGACCUUUUAAAUUUUGCACAUUUGGUUAGACAGUCCUGAUUUUGGAGUCCUUUUCGACUUUUGGUCUGUGAUAUUCCAUUUCUGGGUACACCAGAGACUGAUUACCCCAAAAUACAAUGUGAGCACAUCAUAACUGUCUAUAAACAAAGCAUUUAGUCCCUGCAAGAACUUUUACUCUUUACUCAUUGGUUGUACUGCUGGGUACAGGCUGACACGUCCCUUUUUUCCGUGCUUAUUUACCCCAUAUCUUGUCACCAGUGACAUGCAUGCCAUUACUGGUUGUUCCAUCCCUAUUUCCGCAUUCAUACUUCCAAAUUAUGUACAGUAGUAUUUCUGGAGUACAAUGGCAGAUUCGUUAGAAGAAGAGGCAAAAAACAUGGGCUUAUGUAGCAAAACAAACUAUUUUAUUUUUAAGUAAGUAUUAUUAAAAUAAAACACAUAAUAUACACAUUGAAACAUGUCAAGACCUGGAGUGCUUCUUUAAGAAUGAUGCAUGCUUAGCACAUACUAAACAUUUUAUUCUCUACAUUUGGCUUCUUUCAUUUGGUUCAACCAUUUCAUAAAAUUCAUUUAAAGGGGAAUUGUCAUAUUAGGAGAAUAAAGUUGAGACCCGAUUCAAGUUAUAGACUCCAAUAAAUGAGUGAAUGAAAAAUGUGUUCAGCUAGUAGGACUAGGAGUGAAUAAUGGGCCUAGUACAUAGAUAGGGUAAAUACAGUUCUGUUUGCUCCCAGUAGAUAAUUAUCAGAGUAUAAGGUCAACAAGCAUUUCAAGUCUUUGUUUAAUUUCAGUGAUUAGCAUUUGUAGAUAAAAAGACAAUUAAGACCCACAGUGAAAACAAAUAUAUCUAAACAAAAGUACAAACUCACACUCAUGAUAUCAAGGUAAAAUAUGUUUUGAUACAGAGAAAAGGGGCUUUUGAUAUAUAGUACUAGAGCUACUAUGAAUUAUGCACUGUUAAGUCAAUAAAGAUGCUUCGAAAUUAGAGGAUAACACUGUACAUUGCUUGUAAGUAAAGUGUGCAUUUUCAGUAUGUCAGUAAAGCCAAACAUUCCAAAACAGGCUGCAUUGUGCGAGGUGAGAAGUGGUUGUAAUGCUGGUUUGUUAACCUGUUUACCAAACCAUGUAAUAAUAACUUAUUUAGUCAUUAAAUAUCACUAUUACAUUUAGUUAAUAUCAUCUAGUCUGUACACUUGAAAGCCUUGGACCCGAGCAGCAAUGGAUAGCGGUGAUUGGCUGUGAGUGUCAGUUUACCACUUUCAGCAUAUUGUAUCAGUCAUUGCUGGGAUGAAUUAGUAUGACUAUGCAAGGCCUUAGCCAUACCUCCAGUGUGUGCCAAGUUGUGGGUGGGCAGAGACCCUUAUUUCUGACUUAAAAUACUUGAAAAUGGUUUAACACUGAAUAGAUGGACCGCGCCAGGGGACUUUAAGCACUAUAACCAUUUAGUGAUGGUAAAAUAGUUAUAGUGCCUAUAGUGUCCCUUUAAAUUUCUGAUUUGCUAAUGCUUAUAAUAGACUAAUACGCUGACUUUAUGUUCUCAAAAGAAAAUGUUUGUAAUUUGGCUUGAAACCAUUUUAAAUUUAAUGCCAUCUGACUUUUGUUUUUGUCCUUUCCCCCGCCCUUCUUUCCUUCUCUCCCCCCCACCCCCAUUUCUAGGUAUUUUUAGUGAUACCCACGUCUUGGCACUGAUGUAUUGUGGAGAGAUGUGCUAUUGGGGAUUGAAAUAUUGUAGUGAUUGUCAAUCUUCAAAUACAGGAUCCGAGUUUGGCGAUCGCUCACAAGAUAAAUUGGUAGCAUUUAAAGACGUAGGAGAGAACGUUCUGGAGACGUAUAUUUCUGUAUGUGAAGGACCUCUCAUCAGUCAAGGCUGGAACACUGAGAAAGCAAAGACUAUCUUACAGUUUCUCAAAUAUUGACAAGUGUAACUUUUUUCCUGUAUGCUUUUCUGAGAAAACAUUAUUUUAUUAUCUGACACAUCAUAUAAAUACAUAUUUAAAAUUGCUAUAUGUAAUGGUAAGGAAAAAAAACAGUUUCUUGUUGAUAUAAAUAAAUAUUUGUCUUAUAAAUUGGCAACACUGAACCUAUCAACACUUAAUUUAUUUGCAGAAGCUUAAAAAUAAGGCUUUUCUAAUAGAAAACCAAUGUUCACCUAACUCCACGUUUAGUAAUUAACCCUUUUAGGCUGACCAGACAACACUGGUAUGAAGAUUUCAAACGUCUGUUAGCCAAGUCUACCCCAGCAACAUGUACAGUAAACAUGGUGUGGUGGUGAGCCUUUAAGCACCUUUUACAAUUUGGGUUAAAAGUUGGAAAUAUUGUUCUUAAUCACAGCAUACUGUUUAACAGAUAAUCCCUUGAGUCAUAUAUCUUUGGAGGAUACCUUGUUUAUAACCAGCAGGUAUCACAAAUCAUUCAGGUCAGGAACUAGACACCUUUGGCAGAUUCAAAGGACACUAACUAACCAUGUAUUGUCUAAGAAGCUUGGAUUGUAGUUUUCAAAGUUUUGUCUUUAUCAUUUGGCAUGUUGUAUAGUUUAGUAUCCCAGUAACUUGAUUCUCUCUGACUUCGUUUUACAUGUUGGGUUUUCAGAUCCACCAUGUUGUUCUGGACACUUACCUCUCCACCACGGUGACAGACAAGCCAUGAGUAUUUUUUAUUCUGCAUACUAAAUGGCAGACAUUUACUGCCCACUGCCAUGUAUAAUAGAUUAAAAUCCUAGAAAACAUGGUGGGUUUUCCUGGGCAAUGCUGUACGUAGAGCUUAAGUUUUCAAGUCUUAUGCUACUAGACAGGCCUUAAAAGUUACAACACAAAAGUGAUUAUUAAAAGGCGAUCUAAUACAAAAUAUGUGCAUAAAACGAC